AUGACGGAGUUUGAUAGGUUGGAGAUGGAUGAUAACGAUACGGUCGAUGACUUUGCGGGGAAGAUAUCGGGCCUAUCAUCCAAAGCAACCAUGUUGGGGGAGAACAUAGAAGAAUCCAAGAUGGUCAAGAAGUUCUUGAAGGGUCUUCUGAGUCACAAGUAUAUCCAGAUCGUAGCAUCACUUGAGAAAGUCCUAGAUCUCAACUCGACGGGGUUUGAAGACAUAGUUGGAAGGCUUAAGGCGUACGACGAGCGUGUAGGAGAAGAAACUCAGAAAGAAGACCAAGGGAAGCUGAUGUUCUUGAACAAUGAAGAGCAUAGUCAGUGGGGCUAUGAGAAUUCCCGUGGUAGAGGAAAAGGACGGAACAGUAGAGGCAGAGGUCGAGGUAGGUCACACAACCAAAACCGUGCAUCACACACCGAAGAUAACAACUCGAAGAAUAAUUGUUCAAAGCUGAUAUGUUGGAGAUGUGACAAGCCUGAUCACUACGCAACUGUCUGUCUCGAGAAGACAGAGAAGAAUCAAGAAACCAACCUAAACAAGAUAGAAGAGGCCGAUGCACUCUAUGUACACGAGGUGGUGUUUUUGAACGAGGAUAAGGUGAUUCCGAAUAAUCUUGAUAUCGACAAAUGCAAUGCAAGUGUCUGGUAUUUGGAUAAUGGAGCAAAUACUCACAUGACGAGGAACAAGGAGUUCUUUUCGAGUUUGAAUCUCAACACCAAAGGGAAGGUGAAGUUUGGUGAUGGAUCGUAUGUUGACAUUGUAGGAAGGGGUGUGGUUACUUUUGUGUGCAAGACUGGAGAGAAGAAGGCACUCAAAGACAUAUACUACAUACCCGACCUGAAGCACAAUAUAUUGAGUCUUGGGAAAGCAACAGAGAAUAGAUGUGAGGUUAACAUGAAAGAUGUCUACUUAACGCUCAUAGAUUUGCAUGGAAGGUUGCUAGUUCGUGUGACAAGAUCUCCAAACCGUCUCUACAAGACCCCUAUGAAGAUAAGCUACCCGGAGGGUUUGCAUGUCAGAGACAAAGAUGCUACAUGGAGGUGGCAUGCUCGACUAGGACAUAUAAGCUAUGGAGUGAUGAACAACAUGGCACCCAGGGCAUGGAAUGUGAAACUCGAUCAGGUUCUCAAGGAGAUGAGAUUUGAGAAGUGCACGAAGGAACCAUCAGUGUACCGCAAGACUGAAGGAGGAGACGUCUUGAUCAUAGCCAUCUACGUUGAUGAUCUAUUUGUGACAGGAACUUCGCUUAAGGUGAUUCAAGGAGCAGACGGAAUCAGAAUAAAACAAGAGAUGUAUGCUCAAGGAAUCCUGUGUGACACAAAGAUGGAAGCGUGUAACGCAACUCAAAUUCCAAUGGAGACGAAUUUGAAGAUCUCAAAAGCUGAAGAUGAAUGA